ACAACGGGUUUUUAUGAGUGUAAAAUAUGGGGGUAUGAGAUAGAUAGUUACCGUAUAGUGUAUACUUUAGAUUAAGAUUUUCACCUUUUCAGUUAAUAUCAAACACGACAUAAGUGUGCAUGGUGCGCGUUUUAAUAAUUUUAUGUUCUAAAUAUUACGCUGGAAUUUCGUCUAAAAACCACGUGAGUACAAUAACACCAUCGAGUACUUUUUUUUUUUUUAACCGUACACAUUCGUUUCCUAUGAAGUAAUGGCUCCAAACGCAUCACCAUUCUUUAGAUUUAAUAUGGACAAUCAUGCUGUCCAUAUUCAAAAUAAUGUCUGCCAUAAUUUUAAUUACAAUAAUAAUACUAGUUCAAUAUUGAUGUUCAGAAAUCGUUUGAAAUCCAUAAGAGAACAGUUUGUGGCAGUCAACAGCCAUUAUUUAAGGGAAAACAUCAUAGAAUCAUUCAGUCAUUUUUCGCCUUCAGCUUUUGUUAGGAAGGAAAAAACUGAAAAUUCAUGGUUGAGUGAUAUGCGAUCCGUUUCAUGUAUGCGUUUGGAUUUUAUACGCAAAAUGACAAUUAAGCAAACAAUGAGAGAAAAAUUGGAGUUGUGGCAACAAAAAAAAGAUGAAAUGUCACAAAUUAGAAAAUUUGACAUUUCAUUCACAUCAAAAUUUCAACGUGAUGAAAUUUUAGUUAAAAAAGAAAAUUACAAAAUUAUUUUUGAUCAAAUUAAAAAACGUGCACUUAUUGCAGACGAACAGCCGAUUUUCAUUGAUCACCAACAACGUAGUAGAGAAAUUUGCUUUAAAGCUGUCUUGACAAAAGCGGUUUUAAUUGCUAAUAUUUUGAACAGUUAUUUCAACAACCAACAGUUAGUAUUAAAUGUUGGCAAACAAAUCGAGGAUUUUUAUUCAAUGGAGUCAAGGUUAGAUGUCUUAAAAAAUAUUAAAGUUGUCGAAGAAGCCCCAUUAAUUGCCGCACAAAGCUUGUUGAAGGACCUAACAUUAUAUAAAAAUAAUGUAGUUAUGCCAAUUCAAGCAGAAAUAGAAACAUUACAGGCACAAAUGGAUAAAAAAAAGAAUCUGUUGCAUAUAUUUUCUGUUAAUAAGCCUGCUGAAAAAAUGAUAAAAAAUGUCAGACGACAAUAUGUUGCUUUAGUAAAAAAUAAUAAAGUAUUAAUUAACAACUUGACUAAUGUAAAAAAAUUACCAUUUGCAAAUGAUCCAACUACUAAAAUAUUUAGACAAAAUGUAAUUAAAGUAAUUAAUACAUUAGUUAACACCAUAUCAACCACAAAUGUUGCACAUUUAACUGAUAAAUAUAAUAAGUUAAACGCACUAUUGAGUGGAAAACUUGUUUGCGUUGCAAACACUCAAGUUAUGAUUGGUGAAAACAAGGAAGCAUUGGCAUUUUGUAUGGAAACUUUAGCUACAAAAAUAGUAAAUUAUGCAGAGGAAGUAAUAUGUGUGAAGACUCAAGCUGCUUAUGAAAUUGCAACAAUUAUAACUAAGCUUUGGAAUGCUCAUCAACAAUUUGGUAAAAUUCUUUUUGCUGAAAUGAAACAAAAAUGUCCUUUGCUAGUUCCAUUUUACUAUCCCAUAGCAAAACAUUUAAAUUGUGGGCAGAUAGAUCAUGAAUCAUUUGGUUACAAGUUUGAUUCUUCAGGAAAUGUUGAAUCUGACAACAAGUAUCUACAGCGUAUGACCGGUAUCAUUCGACUUUAUGCAUCUCUAAUAGUAACCUCAUCGAAAUGUGACCAACCGGUAAUUGGUCUAAGUCAUGCAUGGAUUUUUGUAGCUGGAACAUUAAAUCAAAACCCAGUUGCAGAUAUCACAGCUUCUAUAUUGGUUGAAUUUUUAAAAAUUGUUGGUUUUACAAUGCACCAAGGGUAUGGAAAUCAAUUUAUUAAAUUAUUACAAUAUAUUAAUACACACUUUUUAAAAAAAAUCAUAUUGGUUACACCUGAAGGUAAUGGAGGACCUAUUACUCGUUUAAAUAGCUUCUUGUCGAGAAGUCUAUGUACUGGGUCCAUUGAAGAACCUAAAGGUAUACUAUUUGAUUUUUAAAAUUUUUUAUUUUGUAUUUAGCAUAAAUUAUUUUAUUGAUAACUUUUACAAUUAUUUUAUUUAUUAAAAAAAAAAAAAUAUGAUAAAAAAAA